AUGAGUGAUUCUAAGCUAUUCGUUUUUGGGUCAUUCUCUGAAGACGAGACCAGGUCAUUGCUGCAAAAGCAAUCACCUGGGAAGGCUGAAAAGCCUGUGGAAAAGAAUAUUUUGCAGUUUGGGUCUAUAAAUUUUGUUACUAAAAUAUCUUCGGGUGAAUCUAAUGGUGAAUCAAGCAGACCACAAAAUUCUGUGAAAGGGCUCAGCAAAGUUCAGCCUUUCACUUCACUUAAUAAGCAGAAUGAAGUGGAGGCUGUACAGGCAGCAAAUGACAGUUUACCAGCAUCUUUAACUACUCCUACAGAGAAUGGAUGUACUGAUAAUUAUAAAAAUGGUUCUGCCCAUAGUAAUGGUGUGAAAGAGGCGACAAAGGAUAAUAUUGAUGUAGCUUCAUUACCUUUAUCCAAUAACGAAGGUGGUCUCUCCAAUCAAUUUUCAAGUCUGGAAUUGCAGAACAGAGAGCAGAAUGGUUGUGUUGAUGAUUUAUCAGCUUCUAAGGUAAAGGGGGAACUACAGAAGUGUUUGAAUGGGCCUGUUGCAGUUUCUACAGUCUUGUUGCCUCGUGGUUUAAUCAAUUCAGGGAAUCUGUGCUUUCUCAAUGCAACACUACAGGCUCUUCUAUCCUGUUCUCCUUUUGUUCAGCUUCUGCAGGAAUUGAGAACUCGCAAAGUGCCUAAGGUUGGCUAUCCAACAUUGGGUGCAUUUGCAGAGUUCGUCUCUGAAUUUGACAUGCCUAGUGGUUCAAGUUCAAAGAACAAAGAUGCAAGUGUUCUUGUGACUGGUAGGCCUUUUAGCCCUGCCAUGUUUGAAGGCGUUCUUAAAAAUUUUACUCCAGAUGUACCAACUAGCAUCUCGGGCAGGCCAAGACAAGAAGAUGCUCAAGAGUUCCUUAGCUUCAUUAUGGAUCAGAUGCAUGAUGAAUUACUUAAGCUUGAAGGACAGCCCUCGAGUAUUAAUGGGCGCAAAUCAUCUCUAGUAUCUUCUGCAGAAGAAGAUGAAUGGGAGACGGUUGGCCCUAAGAAUACAUCUGCAGUAACCAGGACACAGAGUUUUGUUCCUUCAGAAUUAAGCGAUAUUUUUGGAGGACAAUUGAAAAGUGUGGUGAAGGCAAGAGGAAAUAAAGCUUCUGCUACUGUUCAACCAUUUUUAUUGCUCCACCUUGAUAUUUACCCUGAAGCUGUUCGUACUAUCGAGGAUGCACUCAAGUUGUUUUCUGCACCAGAAACUCUUGAGGGGUAUCGAACAUCAGCAGCUGGGAAGGCUGGUGUUGUAAGUGCUAGUAAAUCAAUAAAGAUACAGACACUUUCAAAGAUAAUGAUCUUGCACUUGAUGCGUUUUGGUUAUGGAAGCCAAGGAAGCACUAAGUUGCAUAAGCCUGUGCAUUUUCCACUUGAGUUGGUGUUGGGUCGUGAAUUGCUUGUUUCUCCAACUACUGAGGGUCGAAAAUACAAACUUGUUGCUACAAUAACUCAUCACGGGAGAGAGCCCUCGAAGGGGCAUUAUACAACUGAUGCUCUUUAUACCAAUGGUCAGUGGCUACGCUUUGAUGAUGCAUCUGUCACUGCAAUCGGAACCGGCAAAGUAUUGCAUGACCAGGCAUAUGUCCUCAUCUACAAACAAUUGUAA